GGUACAAAAUUCAAAUUUUCGGCAAGUGGUAGACAGGGCACGUCGCCGGUUUACCUUCCGUCAGCCCCUACAGGACGCCGGUCGAACCUCGUUCCGGUUGCACGAAGGGCGAAGAAAAGACAAAAAGUCACGUUCCACACAAAAUUUUUGCAACCCGCCCGAAAAACUUUCAACAAAAUUCAAAGUUGCACGGUUGAAAAAUGUCGGACUUAUUUUCGUCUGGGGACAGCCUCGAUAAUUCCGGACUCGACGGUUCAGAGCUGGACUCAGAAUUGAAAGAGUUCCUUCUCGUCGAGAGGGAGAAGGCGAAAUUACAAGCCCAGAUACACGAGUUCAGCGAUAUAUGCUGGGAUAAAUGCAUGGACAAGCCCGGCAUCAAGUUGGACAGCCGAACUGAGACAUGCUUAACAAACUGUGUCGAUCGGUUUAUAGACGUUUCACUCCUGAUAACAAACCGCUUUGCUCAAUUGCUCCAAAAAAACAGUGGCUACUAGAGAGAGUUCUAAAGUGACAAUCUCCAUGUUCGGUCACCAGAAGUGGUUUCACUGACAAAUUAGUUUCCAUUUUUUAUUGAGUUUUUGAAAUAUGUUCAAAUUAAGUGUAUUUAUAUUAUAUAGUGAAUAAAAUUUGUUUGAUAAAAU